AUGAUUCAUGAUUUCAUCCGUGAUUUACCUGAUGGAUACGAGACGAAGCUGGGCAAUGGAGGUGCAAACUUGAGCGGUGGUCAGAAACAAAGGCUGGCUAUUGCACGAGCACGAUUAAGGAAUCUUGCUGUGUUAAUUCUCAAUGAAGCUAUUUCUGCCUUGGAUCCCACUUCUUGUGUCUUGAUCACAUCGAAGGACUUUGUCUAUGUCUUGAAGAAUGGUACCAUCAUUGAGCAAGGCUAUCAUGCUGACCUUGAGCGAUCUGAAGGUGAAUUCAAGGCAAUGGUGGGCUCCCAAGUAGUUGCAGAUGUGUCAACAGUCGACAAUGAUGAGCACCCAGAAUCGGCAACAACGGAGGAGGAAAAGGACUCAGUCUCCUGA